AUGAGCAGCAGCACCGCCCCAGGGAGGACCUACGAGGAUGCCAUCGACGCCCUCAACACUUUCCAGACGCCCUUCGCCGUCAUCGAGGCCCGCCGCAAGGCCGGCAUCCGGCCCGAUGAGUCCAGCGUCCGCGAGAUGAAGGCCUACUGGGCGCGGCUGGGCCAUAGCCCGGAGGACCUGGACCGCCUCAACGGCAGCGUGUGCGCCUUCGUGGCCUCGAUCCUGGGGCGGCACCAGCGCCGCGGCGGCCAGCAGCCAGCCGGCAAGCUCAAGGUCGGCCUCCUGACCUCGCCGCACCUGGUCGCCGUGCGCGAGCGCAUCCGCGUCGGCGCGGCCCCGCUCUCCGAGGCGGCGUUCGCGCGCUACUUCUUCGAGGUGAGCGACGCGCUGACGGGCCCCCGCGGCACUUGCGUGCUCCCCGACGACGCGGAGCCCGGGUCGCGGCCCAUCUACGCGCGGUACCUGACGCUGAUGGCGCUGCACGUGUUCCUGCGCGAGGGCGUCGACGCCGCCGUGGUGGAGACGGGCGUGGGCGGGGAGUACGACGCGACCAACAUCGUGUCGCGGCCCGCGGCGGCGGGCAUCUCGACGCUGGGCAUCGACCACGUCUUCGUGCUCGGCGACACGGUCGACAAGAUCGCGUGGCACAAGGCGGGGAUCAUGAAGGCGGGGUGCCCGGCGUUCGCGGUCGAGCAGCCCGCCUUCCCGUCCGCCGAGAGCGUGCUGCGGGCGCGCGCGGCGGAGAAGGGCGUGGACCUGAGGGUGCUGGGCGUCGACGCGCGGCUCGCGGCCUCCGGGGUGGCGGUGCGGCCGGACGCGGCGUUCCAGAGGCGGAACGCGAGCCUCGCCGUCGCGCUGGCCGAGGCGGCGCUGCUGAGGGUCGACCCGGAGGGGUUCAGGAGGGACGGGGACAGGCUGCCGGCCGAGUUCAAGGACGGGAUCGAGCAGGUCGUGUGGAGGGGCCGGUGCGAGGUCAAGGAGGAGGAGGGCGGGAGGCUGAGAUGGCACAUUGACGGGGCCCACACGACCGACAGCCUGAAGAUGGCGGCGAGGUGGUUCGCGGGCGCGAACGGGGGGCGGCGGGGGCCGAGGAUCCUGAUCUUCAACCAGCAGGGCAGGACGGAGGCCAUCGACUUCCUGGACGGGUUGCACUCCGGCGCGAAGAGGGAGGACGGCUCGUCCUUUGACCAUGUGGUGUUCUGCACAAACGUCACGCACGCAACGACAGGCUACAAGCGAGACUUCGUAAAUCACCAGUAUGACCCCGAGGCGAUCAAGAAGCUCACGGUGCAGCGGACAUUCGCGGAGCGGUGGUCAUCCCUCGACCCCGGGGCAAAGAUCACCGUCAUCCCGAGCAUCGAGGAAGCCAUCGACGUAGCGCGGGAUCUCACAAGUUCACUCAAGGAGGGCGAGACGGUGCAAGCUUUCAUAACUGGCAGCCUCCAUCUCGUGGGAGGAGCCUUGGGUAUCUUGGAAGGGGCUGAUGCUCUAUGA